ACUAUUCCGCAGACACGAUUCCACAGACACGAUUCCACAGACAACAUUCUACAGACGCGAUUCUACAGACAUGAUUCCAAAGACGAGAUUCCACAAACGAGAUUCCACAGACAAAAUUUUAUAUACGCGAUUCCACAGACAGGAUUCUCCAGACACGAUUCCACAGAGAAAAUUCCACAGACGCGAUUCUACCUAGACGAUUCCACAGACGAGAUUCCACAGACACUAUUAUACAGACACGAUUCCACAGACACGAUUCCACAGUCAAGAUUCCAAAGACACGAUUCUACAGAGACAAUUCCACAACAUUAUUCCACAGACACGAUAUCAUAUACGCAAUUACACAGACACGAUUCUACAGACACGAUUCCACAGACGAAUUUCCACAGAAAUUCCACAGAAGAGAUUCCACAGAUACGAUUCCACAGACGAGAUUCCACAGACGAGAUUCCACAGACACAAUUCCAAAGAUACGAUUCACUGACACGAUUCUAUAAAUACGAUUCCAUAGACACAAUUUUAUAUACGCGAUUCCACAGACAGGAUUCUCCAGACACGAUUCCACAGAGAAAAUUCCACAGACGCGAUUCUACCUACACGAUUCCACAGACGAGAUUCCACAGACACGAUUCUACAGACACGAUUCCACAGACACGAUUCCACAGUCAAGAUUCCAAAGACACGAUUCUACAGAGACAAUUCCACAGUCACGAUUCUAAAUAUACGAUUCACUGA